AUGAAGAGACGAAAUGCCGAAUCUGGCAAAAUGCGGCGCCCAAUAAAGCGCACAAAAAUACCCGAAGGAAUGUAUGGAAAUUCUGUAUCAUAUGUAAAGUUCAUAACGGCGUGGGCAGUUAUUGUUGUGGCCGACUACAUGUUGGAAUUUAGAUUUGAGUUUCUGUAUCUAUUUUGGAUAUUGAUUGGAGCUUUGUACGACUCAUUUAAAUUUCAGGGCCUUGUAUGCACUAUUAUAUACCUAUGCAUGGUUCUGAUAUCAGAUAUGAUAUUUUUUUUUGUGAUACCAAUGCAGUAUUUAUAUUUUGUAGCUGGUACUUAUGUAUGGAUUCAUUUUGUAUGGAGCACAGUCGGCGAAAGAGGACUGUGUGUACAAACUGUAGCAUUAUGCUGUCUCAUGAUAUAUACAGAAGGCAGUGUGAGAAAUAAAACAGGUCUUCCUGAAGUGUGUCGGCCGCUCGCUGCACAUUGUAUUGGUUAUCCUGCUAUGACCUACGGGUUUGGAAUUAAGGCAUAUAUCAAUCAGAGAUUCCGGCUACGGCGGCAGCGGCAAGUUCGCGCCGAAAACGAGUUUUACUUCCAAUUACUUAGGGACGCACUCCCGGAGAGUGCGCUGGAACAGAAUCAACAGGGAAGUAAAGAAGACCGUAAUGUGAACGGUCCAGAGUUCGUGUCCAGUCCAGAAACGAGACUCAUGAACGGGUCGGUCAAGAAGAGGUUUAAAGAGAACGGCGUUUGUCAUAGCGAUCCAAUAGAGAAGCCAACAGCGCACAAAGACAAGCAAGGUCUCAACGGUGUACACACGCACACCAAUGGGUGCGCGAAGGGUCCCGGUGCGCCCCCAGACGACAGGCAAGAGCCGAAAGGUGGUACUAAUUCGAAAAAGAGUGAAAAGAAAGAGGCUAGCUCCAGAGAAGAGAAGAAGAAACACAAACAUAGAGAUAAGGAUAGCAUUGAUAGUCAUAAGAGUACAGAACACUCAAAAGAACAAAAUAACAUAGUAAAAGAUAAAGAAUUACAAAUAAAUACAACAGAGUGUGGGAAAACUAUUAGAGAUAGUAGUAGUAAUAAAGAUAAAGAACGAGAGAACAGAGAACGGGAACGAGAAAGGGAGAAUAGAGAAAUAAGGGAAAAGGAGAAGGAGAGGGAGCACAGAGAAAGAGAAAAAGAAAAGGAGAGACGGGAAAAAGAAGAUCGAGUUACCCGCGAACACACAGAAGAGUUAAAGCGAGUGAAAGCGGAGCUGUCAGCGGCGCGCUCCAGCGAAGCGGAAGCGCGGAGAGCGUUAACCGCGGCCGCAGCCAACGAACGGCAGAGACGGACUGAGCACACGCAGCUUAAACAUGCGCAUGCGGCGCUGCAGCACAAAAUGUCAACGUGGCGUAACAACGAACGAGCGGCGCAAGAGCGUCGGCUCAGCGAAGAACGACGCGCACAGACUCAUUGCAAACACUCGAGUGGCGAAUGCGACGACGAGUGGUGUAAAUCUCGACUAAGCUCACAAGAAGCAGAGACUGCGUCUCUUCGGCGGGAGCUGCAGAGGGCGAGAGAGAGGGCCGACCGACUUCAGAGGGAUUUGGCCCUCGCCACUGAACAGGUGCGAACACUAGAAGUGCGUCAAGAGGAAGCCGAAGCGAACGCGAGCGCUUGCUCGCGAACGAACGCGAACGCCGCUAGUGCGUGGCAGGCCUUACAGGAGAGGGCGGCCCAUCUGGAGAGGUCUCUUUCUGCCGAGACCCGGGUCAAGUUGGACCUCUUGUCCGCCCUGGGAGACGCCAAGAGGCAUAUGCACAUUCAGGAAGGUCACAUAUCGCGACAAGAGAAAGAGAUAGAGGAGCUGAAAGCCCAAAUGUUGGCAGUGAUGCCCACGGAGUUCGUCACACCAGUGUCAGCCGGGUCAGUUUCGAAGUUGCGACUCUCGGACGGGUCACCGUUGGACCCCAACGCCUGUGUGUACACGCCCAAACAAUUAUGCUCCGAUGCUUAA